AUGUCUUUAGUUGUUCAAGAACAAGGUAGUUUCCAACACAUUUUACGUUUGUUAAACACCAACGUUGAUGGUAGAAUUAAAAUCCAAUAUGCUUUAACCACUAUUAGAGGUGUUGGUCGUCGUUACUCAAAUUUAGUUUGUAAAAAAGCUGAUGUUGAUUUAAAAAAAAGAGCUGGUGAAUUAACUCAAGAAGAAUUAGAAAGAGUUGUUACCAUUUUACAAAACCCAACUCAAUAUAAAAUCCCAGCUUGGUUCUUAAACAGACAAAAAGAUAUUGUUGAUGGUAAAGAUUCUCAUGUCUUAGCCAAUCAAUUGGAAUCUAAAUUAAGAGAUGAUUUAGAAAGAUUAAAAAAAAUCAGAGCUCACAGAGGUAUCCGUCAUUUCUGGGGUUUACGUGUUAGAGGUCAACAUACUAAAACUACUGGUCGUCGUGGUAAAAGAGUUUAA